AUGGCACAAAUCACGACGGUGCUCAUCUGUGCGGCUUUUCUCGUUGCCACCACGAUGACCGCGUCGGCUAUCAACAAGCAGUGUCGAGAGCUUCUGCAGUGCUCGAUACAAAAGAAAUGUGUCAAUCUCCCUGCCCUCAAAAAAUAUCUCGACAACCAAACGAUUUCAUCAAAGAUGUACGAUGCCAUUGACAAGUACACCGAUUAUGGAUGUAUUUUCACGACAGGUUGUCAAGAUGAAUGCAACGAUUGCCCGCUAUGUCUGACGUCAAAGUUGCAGAUCGUAGAUAUUUUGUCUGGCGAAAAAUCGUCUAACGAAUGUCCUGCUUUAAUGGAUUGUGCUCUUAAAUGUGUUGCCGAGUCGAAUCAAGACAUAUUCGAGAUCAACAAAUGCCUCCGUGUGGAUUGCGCAUUCCAUUGCUUCGACGGAUCGUGCCCGAAAUGUUCAGGAUUCAUCACAAGAGUUUUCAAUCAAAUGUGCGCGGCCGGCAAUUUCCGGCAUCUCGUCAGAAAUUUCACGGGACCCUGCUACGAGAUGUUCCGCGAAAUCGUUCAUUCGAAAUUUGCUGACCGAUUCGCUAAACUUGACAUUCCCAAGAAAUCUGGCGCCUAA